GAACAGCUUCUCAAACCUGUCCAAUGGUAACAUCCCGUUGACAUCGGUGAUUGUAUGAAAACAGUUGGACCGGAAUAUGCCUGUCUGUCUGAAUGCGGGGCCCCACCAAGUCGAUUGUUGAGGUGGAGGUGAACCAACGAUUCUAGAGCUGACAGUGGGAGGCUGCGGCCGAGAUGAAGUUGGUUAUAAUACAAGGCGAUGCCUCCCUCAUUUUAACCCAUCCAUACGAUCUGCUCAUCAUUAGGGCCAUUCAAUUUUGCAUUCAAAAUGACGGCUUCACUUGAUAGUCCUAGUCAGCACAAUGCUGUAUCGACCCAAGACCAUGGCAAGACCGCUUCUUCGGAAGACCUCAGUGAGAAGGGUGUUGUUGCAAACGACGAAUUUGCUCAGGGAAAUGUCGUAUCCAGCAAGCACCACGACCCCAACUGGGCUGGCGAUGGAAUCAACACUUCCCGUGUUGAUCCCGCAAAGACUCUUCGCAAAAUGGACUUGCGCUUGAUUCCCAUGCUGGCAGCUUUGUAUUUACUCUCCUUCCUCGACCGUGGCAACAUCGGCAACGCCAAGAUUCAAGGUCUCCAGACCGACCUCAAGCUCACCGGGUCCCAAUACAACCUGUGUGCGACGAUCUUUUUCUUCACCUACUGCGCCUUUGAAAUCCCAUCCAAUCUCCUUCUCAAACGCUUCAGACCGUCAAUCUGGCUUCCGAGCAUCAUGGUUGCGUGGGGGACAGUCAUGACACUCAUGGGACUUGUCAAGAGCUACCACGGACUUCUGGUUGCUAGGAUAUUCCUUGGCGUCGCCGAAGCUGGUCUAUAUCCUGGGGUUGCCUACUACCUAACGAUGUGGUAUUGCACCGAGGAGCUUGCGCUUCGCCAAGGCCUCUUUUUUAGCGCAGCAAGUGUGGCCGGUGCUUUCUCGGGACUUCUGGCCUACGCAAUUGCGAAAAUGCAUGGCGUUGGUGGCCUUGCUGGCUGGCAAUGGAUUUUCAUUCUGGAAGGUCUUUUAACAGUUGUUGUAGCUGUCUGUGCCUUCUUCAUUCUUCACGAUUUCCCGGACACUGCUGGGUUUUUAAGCGUGGAAGAGAAGGCUUGGGUUGUCCAUCGACUGAAGUAUCAGGGAAGUAAGAGGAGCGGAAGAAAUGUGGCUGAGACAGAGCACUUCGAAUGGAAAUAUGUUGUCAAGGCACUCACCGACUGGCAGCUAUAUCUCAGUCUCCUCAUGUACUGGGGUAUUGUCUGUCCACUUUACGGCAUUUCGUUGUUCCUACCUACCAUUAUUAAACAACUCGGCUAUACUUCCACUACUGCUCAACUCUUGACCAUCCCAAUCUACUGCACCGCUGCAGUUCUCGCCAUCAUCGUGUGCUGGUCGUCCGACAAAGCUGCCAAAAGUGGAGCCUCACGAUGGCCGUACAUCUUCUUCCCAAUGUGUGCCAUCCUUGUCGGCUUCCUCAUGGCUUUGGCCGGCUCUGCUCACGGCGGUGUUCCCGGCGUCGUCUAUGCGGGAGUCUUCAUCGCAACCUGCGGCAUCUAUCCUGCAUUUCCAGGUAACAUUACUUGGAUCAGCAACAACCUUGCAGGGAGUUACAAACGUGCAGCUGGGAUGGCAUUCCAAAUUGGCCUUGGAAAUCUCGGUGGCGCUAUGGCCAGUAACUUUUACCGAAGUGUUGACGAGCCGAAGUAUUUGCUUGGUCACGGAUUGGAAAUUGGGUUUGUUACAUUGGGAUUGUGUGCUUGUGUUGCUUUGAGGCUCAAUUACGGGCGUAUAAAUGCGAAACGAGCGCGAAGUGGAGAGGCAGAAGGUCUCACGGAUGAGCAGCUUGCUGAUCUGGGUGACAAGAGCCCAACGUUCAGAUAUACUUUGUAGGGUAAUAUGAGUUCAUUGUAUUGGAGCAGGGCUGGAUUUCAGUCCGAUAUUGUCCCAGUGUGAAACUGGUAGCAGUGUGGGAAAUGAGUAGAGUAGAGUAGAGUAGUGG